AUCGAUUUAGCCGAGACACUGUUUUUGGGGAAAAGAGGUUCUGUGUUUUUGCAUUUUUCUUAAAUCUGUUUUCCUGAGUUUUCCGAGGUUUUGUGCAUUUGCGCGUGUAAUUUUCCUCAAUUUGUGGUCUGAGCGUCUGAUUUUGGUGUGAUUGGGUGAUUUUGUGGAGAAAUUAUGCUGGAUCCAAAUGAGGACACCGAGUGGAAUGAUGUUUUGCGGUCCAAGGGCAUCCUGCCGCCUAAGGAGAAGGAGGCUGAGAUUACAGAAGAUACCAUUGUCUCGAUGCUGGAGCAGACAAUUGAGCAGAAGGCUGGAGGGUCAGGGAAGAAACUCGAUCAGAUGAAUCUCGAUGAGCUGGAUGAACUUGAGGAUUCUGAAGAUGAGGCCGUACUGGAGGAAUAUCGCAGGAAGAGAAUUGCUGAGAUGAGGGAAUUUGCCUCGAAGGCAAAGUACGGGAGUGUCCGGGAAAUCUCUGGGCAGGACUAUGUGGAUGAAGUGACAAAGGCUGGAGAGGGUGUUCAUGUGGUGCUGCAUCUCUACAAAGCUGGGAUUCCACAUUGCUCUCUUAUAAAUGAUUUUAUGGCGCAAUUAGCUGUGAAGUAUCCCAUGACAAAAUUCCUCCGGGCAGUUUAUUCGACGUGCAUCCCGAAUUUCCCGGAGAAGAACCUACCCAGUGUCUUUUGCUACUUCGAAGGGGCAAUUUUGAAGCAGUUUCUGGGUUCUGUGGAGCUGCGUGGGAUGAAUCUGACCGUGGAGGAAUUUGAGUAUUUGCUGGGGAAGGUUGGAUCAGUGCCUACGGACAUCACUGAAGAUCCUCAUCGUACGGUCAAGGACAAGAUGUUCAGUGACUUGGAAUCUGAUCACAAUGACUGGUGAGAUGGUUUUUUUCGGAGAAAUAAAAGCCAAGCUGCAAUAAAAUUUAAA